GCCUUGGUCGCUUGCUCCCUGGGACAACGACUGCUGUGACUGCACGAAGAUGGUGGUGCCGGGGCCACCGACCAUGAUUCCGAUCGAUGACGCGUUGGCGGUGAAGGAGGCCGUGAGCUUGGAGAGCUUUGUGGCGACUCUCCGUAAGCUUGAUGGCCGGGACAAGUUCACCAAGUUGAUGCAGUACGGGGCCCGUUUCUUGGCGUGGUGGUUGUCGGCGAGGGACCCGGACUUGUCCCAGCGUGUCUUCAAGCUCUACAGGACCACCCAGCGAUCGCGCAAGGCCUUCCGCAUGCUCAAGAUAUUGGACGAGGUGGUAAAGCUGCGGCAAAUUCUCCGCACCGCCGGUGGAAACAGCGCCAGCUCGAGGACGGCUUUCCUAGGGUAUGCCGAGACCCUGAUGUCCGUCCGGUGCCUCGCUAUGGGCGCCUUCUGGACGUUCGACAACCUCAACUACCUCACCAUCACGGAGACGGUUAACUUCGGCGUGGCCAAAGCAACGAGGGGAUUCUCCCGAUCAUGGUCCGUGUCGAGUGCCCUAGCCAUCAUGCUCGGCAUCGACUCUCUAAGAAAGACCGAGAAAAAGCGGCGAGAAGCGCUGUCAGCCUAUGCCGCCGCGGUGAGCGAACGAAUAGCACCGCCCGACCGAUGUGGUCACUGUAACGGCAACGGGAAUAGUAACGGUGAAAGCUACGGUGUGGUGGAGCGGCAGCGGCAGCGUGACGGAGAGGGAGAUGGAGAAGGAGAUGUGGCGGGGCUGCGAGAGGCCCUUAGACGAGCGAACGCGGACCACUUCAAGUCGUGGCUAAUGGUGCUCAAGGGAGCCCUGGACCUAACAUGCGCCGUCAACGUGACCGGCAUGGACUUCCCCAAGCGGCUUCUCGGGCGUAAGCUUAACGAUGGCCCUUUUGUGUGGUGUAUGGGUGAUGGAAUCGGACGGUGA